GGCCAUUUCGUCGCUCGGCCGCGGCGGCGGCGCGCUCAUGUGACCCUCCCGCAUGGCCGUGGAGGGAGCGGCGGGCGCGUCCCCGCCCGGCGGCAGCGGCGGCAGCAGCAUCGGGAGCGCGCCCGCCGCCCGCCCGUUCAUCUGCUCCUUCCCCGGCUGCGACGCCGCCUUCAGCAAGGGCUGGCGGCUGGACGCGCACCUCUGCCGGCACACGGGCGCGAGGCCGUACGUCUGCGGGCACGAAGGCUGCGGGAAGGGCUUCACGAGGGAGUUCCACCGCGCUCGGCACCUCCUCACGCACACCGGUGAAAAGCCGUUUGAGUGCACAGCUGAUGGAUGCAAUCAGAAAUUUGGAACAAAAUCAAACCUAAAGAAACACAUUCAACGCAAGCAUGAAAAUCAGCAAAAGCAAUAUGUGUGCGACUUUGAAGGCUGUAACAAGUCUUUCAAGAAACAUCAACAACUUAAAGUUCACCAGUGUCACCACACCAAUGAACCUCCCUUCAAAUGUAGUCAUGAAGGAUGCGGAAAGAGCUUUUCUACUCCAAGUAGACUAAAACGGCACGAGAAGAUACAUGAAGGCUAUGCAUGCAAGAAAGAAAACUGCUCAUAUAUUGGAAAAACGUGGACUGAGCUUCUGAAACAUAAUAAAGAAAGUCAUACAGAGCCGAUAGUUUGCAGUGAGUGUUCGAAAACUUUUAAACGCAAAGACUACCUCAAACAGCAUCAAAAAACACAUGCUGUGGAGAGGGAAGUCUGCCGCUGCCCAAGAGAAGGAUGUGGGAGAACUUACACAACUGUAUUUAACCUCCAAAGCCAUAUCCUCUCUUUUCAUGAGGAAAAAAAGCCAUUCUCUUGCGAUCAUCCAGGCUGUGGAAAAGUGUUUGCAAUGAAGCAGAGCCUAGCAAGGCACAUGGUUGACCAUGAUCCUGAAAAGAGAAAGCUGAAAUUAAAAACGAAGCGUUCUCGUCCUAAGAGGAGCUUAGCCUCUCGUCUGAGCGGAUACAUUCCUCCUAAAACGCAGCCAGAAAAAGGUGCGGUUGUGACAGAGAGCAAGACAGUGGAUAAACCCGUGGAAAAUGAAAUACCAACUGUUGAAAUUCUGACUCUCCAGUAAAGAGUAUCCAGUCUAAUUGUGUCAAAAUUCACCCUUGGUGGCGGUGGCUAAAUUCAUCUCUCACACUCACUGCUGUAACAGGAAGACCGGCUGCAUGUUUGGGGCACGUAGGAAUGUCUCUUCAGGGUCAGAACAUUCAAGUGUUUUUAUUUCUACUGCAAUUUUGUUCGUACCACCCACAAUGCAGGCCUAACAGACAAAUAGGUAAGCACUGGAUCUGGACUUUUAAGACAGUGUACAAAUUCCUAUAGUUUGCUCGUGAUGUAGCUGAAUGUGAAAGCCUUAAAACUGGGCACCUAUUCAUCUCAAGCCCAUUUUCUUAGGUGGUAAAGUACAAUAUUAAAGUGGAAGUACAAGACCUUGUAAUACAUUUAAACAGGUUGGUCUCUUCCUCCUUAAGGAUUCUUCAAAGUAGCUACUAUGUGAAUAAUCUUUUUGUAUCUUAUGGAGCAGAAAAAAUCACUACCACAAUAAUACUCUCUAAAACGAUACCCAAAGCACAGGUACCCUCCUUAACCUGAGGGUAACAAAAGACAAUAAAUACAUGGUCAGAUGCCUUUUUUAAAACUUUCUUCCCGAACUCAGUUUGUUAAACUGCUGGAGCAGACAAACCCAAGACAAAAAAGCUUCCAAAAUGUUCAAUACUGGAAAAGUUGUUCUCAUAUUCUGUAAAAGAAUUUUCUCCUAGUAGCUCUAGUAGCAGCAGGCCAGGAAGAGAAAGUUUCAUGAUUACUGGUGGUGAAACUAAAUUUGUGUAUCUGGUGCACAUAGUUUGUAAAAACUAACAUUUAUGCCUUAAUAAAUGAACAGAAAUUCAGUGAGUCUUACAAAACCAGAAUCUAGUUGUAUUAAAUAAAAAUAGUUAUUAAAAAAAAAAAAAAAACAGCUGAUGCCAAAAUAGUAAAUCCUGAGAAGGCAAUAGAAGGCUUCUCUGGAGAAGACUAAUCCAAAAUUUUAUUUUCACUAGUGCAAAUCCUUAAUAGCAUGGACUGCAGUGACAUUGCUUUGGAUUUACACAGAUGCAAGUAAGAGGAUUUAGUCUGCUGAAACCACUUUUAGUACAGCAUUUUUCAGUGUUCAUUGUUGUAACGUUAACAAUGUAUGUACCUGUUUUUGAACUUGCUUUUUUCUUCUCUGCACGCUUAAGCUGCUCUUCAUGAAUCUGCUGCCCAGUCAUUAGCCUGUAUACAGGAGGUUCGACAUUCUCACGAAGCAGAACUAGUUUCAGGUUGUGCUGAUCCAUAAGUCUGAGUGCAUCUGCUCGGUGCAUAUUUCCUAAGCUCUCUCCAUCCUGGUUGAUGAUGUGCAAAAUCCGAUAGGGAAUUCUUCGCCCAACACUUCCAAACGCUGUUUUCCGUUUUGGUUCUCUGCGAGAUUUUUCAGCUGUACAAAACGGUUGAGCAAGUCCAAACACAGUUGUCUUUCCAGGGUCAGGUACCACCAUGCAGAACGGAGAAAAGAUUCCCUUUUGUGUUGUCUGUGUCAGGAGAGUACCAAAGAAUCUUUUUGCAUAUCCCUUCUCAUUUCUGGUUGCUUGACAUAGAAGUUUCGUCACACAAAAGGUAGUCAUUCUGAGGAAGCAGGGAAGAAGAAAAAACAAGUUAACUUCAUCAGUCAGAUUCUUCUACUUGUCAUUAGACCUAACUCCACUAAACUCCCAUCCAUUAAACCACUCUUUGAAAAAGGUGUAUAGCAUCGUUACACAGAACAAGCAAUCAACAGUAGUUUUACAAUAACAAAGGGGGAUUUAAACCAGAGAGAAAAUGUGACAAUGGAACGGAAUGUGUAGAAUUGAUGUUAUAUUUAGUAUUUUAACAUUUGAGCUUGAAUAUCAACUUCGAAGACUCCAGAACUUCUAGUUCCUUUCCCCUCUGACACAGCUCUUGUCUGUGUAGAGAAAUUUGCUAAUGGUUACAAGGGAGAGUUCUUUGUCAAAUAAAAAGGCUUGUCACAC